UCACCUGCUCCGAGGGUGCGGGCGAUUAACGUUCGAAGGGAGGCUGAAACCAUAUAAAAGAAGAAGGAAGAAAAAGAAAGAGGGAUAAAGAGAAGUAGAAGAAGAAGGAGAAGAGAAAAGGAAUAGAAGAAGAAGAAGAAAAAGGACGUUCGAAGGGAAACGACCGAAUAAUUCAAAAUGUCAGUGGAAGAGGACGAUGCAAGUCUGAAAGAACUUGUUACGAAGACGUUGCAGACCAAUGGAGUCCUCGGGAAGAUACAGGCUCAACUAAGGGCCAGUGUCUUUCUUGCCUUAGAGGAGGAGUUUAAAGAUAAAAAUAUUCCACUGGUCAGUGCCUCUGCAAAGCAGUUACUAGCAACUCCAGAAGGAGUCCUAGCAGCUGCGUUGGUUCAUAACUUCCUUCAGUGCCUUAGUCUGGACUUUUCUCUCGCGGUUUUUGCUCCAGAAUCUGGACAUUCAACACUAUGGACAUUCCCAGGAGAAGAUGCCUUAUCAAGUAAUCUCAACCUCAGUAAUAAGCAAGCUGGUGAUAAAGCUCCAUUACUAAUAGAACUUCUAAAAGAAAGGACAUCAUCUAAACCAUCUGAAUUGGGGCAUAACAGAGACAAAGGAGUGCCAAAGGGCAGACUGAAUGACAUGGGUCCUCUACCACAACUCUCAGCGCCAAGAACGUUGCAGCCGAUCUCCAACAUCCCUUUGAGCAAUAGUCAUUUUGGAGGAAACUCUCAGGUGUUGAAAAAUCAAAGGGAGACUAAUUUUCUUGACUUCUCUUCAGCUAAAGAAGACAAGAGCAUCUCAAAUAUCAAAAAUGAAUCUCAGAAGAGUGAUGAAAUUGGAGAAAAUAAAGACCCUUUGGCAACUCAGACGCAAGAAAGGAACAAUCUAGGAUCUCUUACUCUGGGAACGGACACAGUGCCUUCCAAAACUGUAAAAGAUGAUGACGAUAAAGGAAGAACGGGCACAGGGAUGAAUAUUCAUGGAAGGAAAGAAAAGUUGGAGGUCGAGGCAGAAGGAACACAUCAAGAAGCAGGCGAUUCUUUAACAGGUUUAGAAAAGCAGUAUGAGGAUGACUUUUCAUCCAUGAGUGAGAAGGGAGGCCAAGAUGAUGCUGAAGAGGAUGAUGUCGAAGAGGAAGAGGAAGAGGAAGAAAUUGAAGAUGCGGAAGAUAUUGAUGAAGAUAUUUCGUUGGAUGAUUUGAUGAACUCCAGCGCAUCGAUUAAUUCUGAGCACACUAAGGAUCAAUCUUUAUCCCAAGCUAGUGAUGCACCUAAUUACCAAGAGGACUUAUGAAUCUUCUAAGAAAUGACACUAGUAACAACACUCCAAUUUUCCUAAUAUUUCAUGCUAUUGACAAUUGAACUGAAAAAUAAUAGUGUGAAUAUAAUCCAAGCUCUCUUUUAAAACAAUGUAUUUUCAAAUGACAUUCCAGCUUCCAUUUUUUGAAGUACAUGCAGAAAUUUUAAAGUUUUAAUACUGUUAUUGAAAGAAUUAAAGACAAAAUAUAAUUGUAUUAUUUUUUGCAACUUUAUUUUCUUAAAAUUCCAGAGAAUGAUAUUAAUAAAACUUUGUGGGAAAUAUGUGAUCAGAUGAUUUUUUUCUCUACAGCAUUUAUUAUGUGCCAUAUGUUGCCAAGUGAAGGGGUACAUUGUUAUAAAUUCUUUGUAAAGGUGAUUGCAUUAUACAGUGUAUAAAAAUGUAUAAAAUUA